AUGGAGGCCGAUGAAUAUGAUAACGACUCCGCUUUUGGUGAAUCACUUGCAAGCAGCACCACGUCGUUGAGAUCUGCCGUGACAAAGUACGAGUUUGAGCAUGGACGGAGAUACCACGCGUACAAAGCUGGUCAAUACGCUUUUCCGAAUGAUGAGAGUGAGUUGGACCGAAUGGACCUGGAACAUCACAUGUUCGGUCUGCUCAUAGGCCAGUUGCAUUUGGCUCCUUUGCAGUCACCUCAGAGUAUUCUCGACCUGGGCAGCGGGACAGGUCUAUGGGCAAUUGAUGCAGCCGACAAGUACCCAACCGCUGAGGUGAUUGGGACGGAUCUUUCUCCAACACAACCGAAGUGGGUCCCUCCAAACGUACGAUUCGAAGUGGACGAUUUCGAGGCCGAUUGGACCUUCGGGCCUAAUAAAUUUGACUUGAUCUUCGCCAGAUUGUUGUUGGCAAGUGUAUCGGACUAUCCCCGGCUAUACCGACAGGCCUUCGACGCCUUGAAACCAGGGGGCUAUCUCGAACUCCACGAAUUGGAUCCAGAAACGUAUUGUGACGACGGAUCCUAUACCGAGAGUCACGCAGCGAUGAAAUGGGGCAAGCUCUUCAAAGAAGCAGUGGCGAAAAUGGGCCGGACGCUGCCCGAUUUGACGCAAUACAAGAGCCUGAUGGAAGAGGCAGGCUUCGUUGACGUGCAGGAACGAUUCUAUAAAAGAGCAUCCAAUGACUGGCCGAAGGACCCGAAGAUGAAGGAAAUUGGAAGACAUGAAUGCAUGAAUCAAAUGGAAGGAAUAGAAGCCUUCACACUUGCCCCCUUCACACGGGUGUUAGGCUGGUCAGUGGAGGAGGCUCAAGUCAUGAUUGCGCAAGUGAGAUCAGAAUGGCCCAAACGUUCAUUGCAUGGCUACCAAAAAGUGUGA